AUGCCUGUCUGGUCAGAAUCUGCCCGUCAUGUUGUUAACUCUGCUCCUACAAUCCACAACAUUAUCAACGACUUCAAUUGGAAUACCAUCAUAAGAGUCGCCGUGACUGCGUUCCAGGCAUCAACUUCACUAGCAGAACUUGCAAGCGACGCUCUCGUUGCCAUCACGGGGUACUGGCCCCCGAAACUUUUACAAGGGUUCCCAAUGCCGUUGGUUGUAGCUUCUGAUAAUGACGCGUGGGAUUUAAUUUUGCAACUGGUGUAUUACGCGAACCUCAUUUUUAGGACUGUCGAGGCCGCUAUUCAGAUAACCCCACUUCAAGGCACUAAUCUGCAUGCCGCAUUUGUUCAAAACGUGCACUACAUUAUGAUAUGUGCUUUUCUGGCGGCUGACCACCUACGCGGCAUUGCCGCGGUUGUGGGUUUUGGCAACAAUCCUGAGCUUCUUAACUUUAUGACCGCAUUAGCUAAGACCAAUGCAGUAGGAGUCCUGUGCCUACUGUUGAGCGGGCUUGUCACGGUCGAGCUUCUUUGUUUCAUCAUUGCCCGUGGCUGCCUUAACAUGCGCGAGUUGCUUCUCCAUAUCAGAACCAAAAGAGACAGUUUCAAUGUCCCUGUAUUACCGAAUGCUGUUGGGGCGGCUGGAUGGUGGGACUGCUACAACAAGGCUAUCCCCAAGGCUGUCUUCGUCUGUGCUGGUUCUGAUGGUGGUGCGGAGCCUUUACAGCCUGCGCUUGUUAUCACUACCUCGCAGGACGAAUGGGGCGCCCUCAGUACCAUGCAAAACUUCGCCACGCGCUGUCGACAACCACUUCGGCGCCUCGACUGGAACGGUGUCGGGACACUACGAGACCCAGUAAGGAUAGCCGCCAGGUCUUUGUAG